AUGGAGCCUCAAGAACGCACAUCAACCGCGCUUGUGCGCAAGCGGACCGACCUCGAACUGAUGCCACCACCGCCCGCCGCGAAGAAAAUCAAACGCCCCAAAAAGGUCAUAGAUGAAGACACUUAUACCGACGCCUUAUCGCAGAUCAUUGCGCGCGACUUCUUUCCCGGACUCCUUGAGGCCGAGACCCAGCAAGAGUACCUCGACGCUCUCGAAUCAAAAGACAAGGCAUGGAUUUCCAAUGCUGGCCAGAGGCUGGAGCGUGUGAUGACGCCGGGGAGGAAUAGGGUCAAAAGGCCGAUGCCUUUCAACAACGCUGGACGAACGCCAUCCGCAUACGGCGCAGAUACGCCGGCAUCAGUGGCAUCGACAGUAUCCGAAGCGCCAAAACCAGUCGUGGACACGAAUAUGAGCCUGGCCAAUUUCCAGGCUACUUACACCAGCGAAGACAAUGAGAGCUUUUACAAGCUCAUGGAUAAACAAAAUCAGAAGAAGGCAGAGAAGUACGAAUGGAUCUGGCGAGGGAACAAAUUGCCUUCAAAACAGAUGAUCAAACAAGCAGAAGUCGAAGCCAAAUUACUAGAGACAAGGAGUCUGGUGGACGAUGGGUGGAAAAGGGACAGACUUGCCAUCAAGGACGUGGACGACAGGCCAGCGAGACCGGACAGUUGGAACGCCAACCCCAAGAACAACUUGAUGUUCGGCCCGGAUGGCGUGGACGACGACUACGAGAGCCCAGCCCAGAAGGCGCAGGCCCAAUCGAUGAUGCCGCCUAAAUCGAUCAACUAUCAAAACACGAGGGUACCGCAACCAGCAAUCGCAGAGAGAGCUCUGUCCCCGACGCUUUCUGCUGUCAGAGACGCGAUUGCUGGCAAACCCCGCAAAGAAGACCUGGCUUCGAGCGCCGUAGGAGGUGGAGAGACGCCAAGAGUGAAUGGGUACGCCUUUGUGGAUGACGAAGACGACGACGACGACCAAGUUCUCCCUGUGCCCGUCAUCAACCUCGGUCCUGGUGACGCUACGCCAAAUCCAUUCAAGCUGCAAGAACACAGAAAGCGAGAGACUUUGCAUCACCGUCUAGUUGAGCGCGCAGCGCAUUCGAAGAGAGAAUCCGUGAAGAACGGGUUGACUGGAAAGUUGGACAGAACCCCGGUGCCCAAGUUCCCGUCGAGUCCGCGGGUUUCGGGUGGCCUUACGCCUGCCGCCCAAAGGCUGUGGGGGAAGAUAGGCAGCCCAAGGCCAGGCAGUCCGCAAAGUUCGUCCUUGAAGGCGACACCCAUGCGGGCAAGAGGCUCACUUUUAAAGGGCGGCGCCUCAGUAACAAGGGAAUCGACGCCAAAAUGA